AGGAACAUGGCGGUUUCUUUUUUACCAAUAUCAAAGUAGGUGUAGUCAUAAAUGAAAUUAGAGAUAAUCAUUAAAUUUUUUUUGAAUGAAUAAAAAUUUAAUAAUAAAUAUAAUUUGAUGUGUUUUGUUCAAUAAAACAAAUUUAAAUAAAAAUAUAUAUUAUUUGUGACAUUUAACACAAUUAUAAAGAUAAAAUCAUUCUGCAGCUCAGAAAAUGGUAAAGUUAUAUGCGUUGUCAAUUUUAUACAAAAAUCCUACGUCAGCCACAACAUUGAAAGCUGCUUAUGACGUAGAUAGAUUUUCGUUUUUUCAAAGAGGAAGCGUAAAGGAAUUUAUGACAUUUAUAAGUAAAACUAUUGUGGAAAGAACUCAGAAUUGCUCUAGACAGAGUGUAAAAGAAGGAGAUUAUAUGUGUCAUGUAUUUGUACGAGCAGAUAAUCUUGCUGCAGUACUUAUAUCAGAUCAUGAAUAUCCUAGAAGAGUAGCUCAUACAUUAAUUACAAAAGUUAUGGAUGAAUUUGCAUCUAAGUAUCCACAAUCUACAUGGGAUACAUUAAAUGAAGUUAUGACUGAUUUUGCACAGAUUAAUGUAUAUUUAGCCAAAUAUCAAAAUCCUAAUGAAGCUGAUGCUCUCACUAAAAUGCAAAAUGAUUUAGAUGAGACAAAGAUCAUUUUACAUAAUACAUUAGAAGCUGUUCUUAAAAGAGGUGAGAAUUUGGAUGAUUUGGUUUCUAAAUCACAAGGGCUUAGUGUUCAAUCAAAAGCAUUUUAUAAAACUGCACGUAAAACUAAUUCUUGUUGCAGUUUAGCUCCUUAAAAUUUUUGUUAUUAAAUAUACUGAUAUGUUUCAGUGAA